AUGCCUAACCCUGUUGCUUUGGCAUAUUUUCAGAUCCAAGGCAGCAAAAAAGCCCGGCGUGAACCAGACACUAUGGCCAUAGAGCAGUACUUGGAAGAAACUGUGGCUCAAAAUGACUGUAACAGAGAAGAUAAGACAUCACUGGCGAAGUGGAAUUCUAUUUCUGAGACAGACAUAGAUUCUGACGAUAGCCCCUCCAGUGGUUUUGAUUGCAAUAUUUGCCUGGACUCCGUGCAGGAUCCAGUGGUCACGCUUUGUGGUCACCUUUACUGCUGGCCCUGCAUAUACAAAUGGCUUCAUUUCCAGGGCGUCUCUGCUGAAAACCAGGAUCAGCAGCCACAACAGCAAUGUCCUGUCUGUAAAGCCGAAGUUUCCCAAUCCACAAUAGUUCCACUCUUUGGCCGCGGCCAAACCACAAAACUCUCCAAGAGCAAAGCCCCCAAUCUCGGUAUAAUCAUUCCACGGAGACCUCCUGGUCUUGCCUGUGGAUUUGAUUCACCAAGAUCACCUAUUGCCACCAAUAGUCCACGCUCAACACAGCAAAUUCAUCAUCGACAUAAUUAUCCGCUUCAAUCACAACUCUAUUCUUCCCAGCCAGGGAGUUACUCUGCUUCCCCACUGCUUAGCCCAGGGGGGACAUCAAUAAACAUGGCUGAUCCAGUGGUUGGGAUGUUUGGCGAAAUGAUUUACGCAAGAGUUUUCGGUAACUCGAUAGCCAACAUCCACAGUUACCCAAAUUCGUAUUGUCUUGCAGGAAGCACUAGCCCUAGAAGGUUUUCUCCCAUGAACACGCAUUUUCCAUCAGCCUAUAGAACACUUGAACCUCAGCUCAUCUCCACAUUAACUUCACUCGAUAUUCUUGCCUUAUCAGGAAUGGCAUAUGCCUUGACUCAAACGUUGGCCACUACGUACAGCAAAGUAGGUUGGCUGGAAGAGCACCCACGUAUAAAUAUCGAAUUGGGCCUUGCAUAUCUUGAGUAG